AUGAAUGUGGCGGUCGGUCCUGCCCAGGAUCAUUUCGAAUCCCGCUUUCAGCAAGAGAUGGGCCGUGUCUGUGGAGUCUCCGCAGAGCAGGACGAUGGAUCAGAGGAGCAGUUCUUCUCGCACCUGCUGCCCUGGCGUUUCGAAAAGGUUCCAGGAGAAUCGCAAGUGCCAGUCGACAUUUUCCAGUGCGUCCUACCUGGCUUGCAUCGAAAUCCAGAGGUGUUAUGGGUAUUGUCUUCUGGCGUCAACCGGAAAAUAUUCGACCAGCAGGGUGCGCAGGCUAUUCUUCAAUUGGCAUCCAGAGAGGCAUCUGGCUGGCAAAUCUUUGAACUCGUCUUGGAUGUCCUCAUGGCUUUGCUGUUUGCUUUGAUGGCGCUCCUGCUGCACGACGAGCACUUGCAGAGACUUUCUGACCUUCGAAUCCCGGCUCUUGUCGUUUCUGGCCUGAUCUUGCUGCAUAAAGUCUGUCAAGAGAUCUUGUCGUGUGUGGGCCACACAGCCCAUGGAAAGCUGAAACAGUACCUUUGCUCUGUUGGGUUUGUGGGCGACACUCUUCGCAUUGCGAUGACUGGCACCUCCUUGAUCGGCCUCGCCUGGAACUGGGAGAACUUCAUACAGGAUCACUCGCUCCAGCUCAUAUUCGCCUUUACUGGCUUCUUGAGGUGGCUCCAUGUUCUCAAUAGCCUCAAGGCAUUCGAGAGCACCGGAAAACCCAUGCUGCCGAUUCUCCAGGCAGUGAACGACACUGGCCCGUUCUUUUUCGUGGUGUUCUGUUGGUUCGCGGCUUUUGUGCACCUCUACUACUCCUCUGGGCUUCUGCCCUUUGGGGAGGGCACCUCGCUGCUUUACAACCUUGGGAUCCUCGGGGAGACGAACAUUGAGGACAUGGUGCCCGAAGCGGAGAGAGCAAGCUGGCGCUGGUUUGUGGAUGCCGUGACG